AUGUCUCGCUCAUCUCGCGUCUCGUUCUCCAGGGCUGGAGGCAGCAGCUCUGUCAGGGUGUCUGUUGGUGGCAGCAGCUUCAGCAGUGGAAGCAGAUGUGGUCUUGGGGGAGGCUCUGCCCGGGGCUUCCGAGGAGGAGCCAGCAGCUACGGCUUGGGUGAGGGGUCUGGCUUUGGAGGGGGUUUUGGUAGCUGCUCAGUAGGGGGCGGGUUUGGAGGAUCUUCAGGCUCUGUAGCUGGCUUUGGUGUGGGUUCUGGGUUCGGUGGGGAUUCUGGGUUCGGUGGGGGUUCUGGACUCGGUGGUGCUAGCAGAGGCUUCUACAGCUAUGGUGGCAGUAUGAGUGGUGGUUUUGGCAAUGGGGGGCUUUUCUCUGGGGGUGAAAAGCAAACCAUGCAAAACCUCAAUGACCGCCUGGCCAGUUACCUAGACAAGGUCAGAGCCCUGGAGGAGGCCAACACUGAUCUAGAGAACAAAAUCAAGGAGUGGUAUGACAGAUUUGGCUCUGGGUCUGGAGAUGCUGGAUCUGGAAGAGAUUACAGCAAAUACUACCCAAUAAUUGAAGAUCUCAGGAAUCAGAUCAUUACUGCCACUAUUGAAAAUGCUGGGAUCAUUUUGCAGAUUGACAAUGCCAGGCUGGCUGCUGAUGACUUCAGACUGAAGUAUGAGAACGAGCUGUAUCUCCGGCAGACUGUGGAGGCCGAUGUCAACGGCCUGCGGAAAGUCCUGGACGACCUGACCAUGACUCGCUCCGACCUGGAGACGCAGAUUGAGAGCCUCACCGAGGAGCUGGCCUACCUGAAGAAGAACCACCAGGAGGAGAUGAAGAGUAUGCAAGGAACCUCUGGAGGAGACGUGACGGUAGAAAUGAAUGCCACCCCAGGAACCGACCUCACCAAGUUGCUGAAUGACAUGAGGGCGAGGUAUGAGGAACUGGCUGAGCAAAACCGCCGCGAAGCUGAGGAGCAGUUCAACAAGCAGAGUGCGUCGCUGCAAGCACAGAUCUCUACUGAUGCCGGGGCAACCAGUUCUGCCAGGAGUGAGAUAACAGAACUGAAACGCACUCUGCAAGCCCUGGAAAUUGAGCUUCAGUCCCAGCUGGCCAUGAAAAGCUCCCUGGAAGGAACUCUGGCCGACACAGAAGCUGGCUACAUGGCUCAGCUGUCAGAAAUCCAGCUGAAGAUCAGCAGCCUGGAGGAGCAGAUCUGCCAGAUCCGGGGUGAGACUGAAUGCCAGAACGCAGAAUAUGAACAACUGCUGGACAUCAAGACCCGCCUGGAGAUGGAGAUCGAGACCUACCGCCGCCUGCUCGAUGGAGAAGGAGGUGCUUCUGGUUUUGGAGGAGGUGAUUUUAGAAACUCAGGACUGAGAAACACGGGAUCCAGGGAUUUGAUAUCUGGUGACUCAAGAUCUGGGAGCUCGUCUAGCCAAGGACGAGACCCAAGCAAGACUAGAGUGACUAAGACCAUCGUGGAGGAGGUGGUGGAUGGCAAAGUCGUCUCAUCUCAAGUCAGCAAUGUUUCUGAGGUGAAAAUUAAAUAAGCAAUUUCCAGAUCAACAAGAGUGUCUUCCCGAGAAAAAAAUCUAAAGGACACAAAGGAAGAAAUUGCGCCAAUCUAGUCAUCUUUCCAGACAACUUCACAGAAGAGUUUCCAUUCAGAAAUAGACAGCUAACCAAUUUUUCUGCAUCCUCUUCUUUUCUUAUUAAAAUGCUCUUGAAAAAGUUGAAAUGACAGCUCUGCUCUAAUUGUUUCUAUGCUUCAAUAAAUUUACUUUUGCAAGUUAA